GCUCCGAGCCAAACAAACAAACAACGCUAGCUGUGUCCCGCUGGUGGUAUUUUGUACAGAAAAUACAGCACUUCGUUUACAGACCGUGAUAAUCUGGGGCGUGUUUUGGAGUUUUGAAACCUAUUCAUCAUUCAAAAGCACCAUGAACGUAUCCAUCGAACGGAAGCGAAACGAUUGCGUUGGCCUACCGAAGGGUUGGCAACGGGAAGAGGUACUUCGCAAGACAGGCCUUUCUGCUGGAAAAGUCGAUGUGUAUUACUACAGCCGAGCGAUGCGAGCAGAUACAUCGCUUAUUCCACCGAUCAGACAGACGGCUUCGAUCUUCAAGCAACCGGUAACGGUCGUGAGAUCACAGGAACCCGACAAUACCAAAGUGAAACGCGAACUCCAGCACGGUAAUCAGGUGAAACCGAAGCAGCUGUUCUGGGAAAAACGUUUAGAGAAUCUUGGAUCAAGCAAUACACACAAUGAAGAAAUCGGUUCCAUCGAACUGCCGAAACGAUUGCGACCAAUAGGGCCGGGGAUACGUGAAACGACGGUUCUGCAGUCUUUAGCCACCGCCCUACACCACAACUCGCUCCCCGUAACUGGCCAGACGGCAUCGAAAACGUCCCUGAACACGAAUGCCGGUGUGUUCAUUAAUCCGCACCAGCCGCUCAUGACGAACGUGACCAUCACGGAGGAGGAUGUUAAGCGACAGGAAGAACGCGUACAGUACGCCCGACUACGGCUACAGGAAGCGCUGCGUGCCUAAGCUUUUCCGCACACAGCCUUAGGAGAGAGCGAGUACUGACAUCCUCGAUCGGAACAGCGGAACCUCAACAACAUCAACCGGUCGCUUACUACCUACACACUAUUUUAACUGCUAGACGUGAUUCUUACUUUUUACUUAUUCGUACAACGCCCGCAUGAUGGAA